AUGUGUGCAGGCUCGGCGCCGCGGCAGGAGCCCCGGCAGGACUACGGGCAGGAAUCCCGGCAGGAGUUCCACCAGGAGUACCGGCGCUCUCUGGAGCGGGAGCUGGGCCCCGCCGGGAGCUGCCCCGGCCCCGCCGUGGCGGAGCGGCUGCGGCAGCGGCUGCAGCAGGAGCCGGCGCUGCUGGAGGCCCUGCAGGAGGACGCCCUGGCGCUGCUGGCCCGGGGGCUGCGGGACCACCCCGACCCCGGGCUGGCGCUGCGAGGCCUGGCCAGCGCCUUCCGGCUGCUGGAGCUGGCCGCCGUCAACCUCUACCUCUUCCCGUGGCGCCGGGAGUUCGGCACCAUCCCGACCUUCUCCGGCGCCUACGUGCACCUGCUGCGCCCGGCGCUCCCCGAAGCCGACCUGGAGCGGAGUUUGGGCCGGCUGGGCUACGAGCGGCGGGAGCGGCACCGCCUGGCCGUGGAGCGGCGGCCCCCGGGGCCCGCGCUGGUCGCUGCUGCUGUCGGCUUCCUGGCCUGCCGCCUGGAGUGCGAGAUCCUGGCAGAGCUGGCGCCGCGCCUGCGGUGCCCCCGCGCCGAGGAGCUGCUGGAGGCGCGGCACCGGGCCGGGGGUGCCCAGGCGUGCCUGGAGGUGCUGCAGGACCUGGGGGCGGCUGCUGGCUGCGGUGACGGCGUGGAUCUCUACCGGGAGAGGCCUGACAGCCCUGAGGGCACGGGGAGCAAGGGCACAGCCCCCCCAGCGCUGUGGAGGGACCCUCAGGAUGUGCCCAGGAGGGGCUGGGGACGCUGCGACAGCACGCUUGGGCCAGAGCCCGUGGGCAGCGCUGAGCCGGACACCUCCUCUCACCUCUUCCCGGAGCCCCGGGAUUGUGCCCAGGCCCCGCCAGAGCUGCCCUGCUACCAGCUGCACUCGUGCCUGCAGCGGGGCAUGCUGCCCUCGUACUGCUGCAGCACGUGCCGGCAGCUGCACGGCGGCGGCUGCGCCCUGGGCCGCGCCUGCCGCAGCCGGCACCGCGGGCAGGAGCUGCGCGGGGAGCGGCAGCAGCGCCUCUGGCUGCAGCGCAGCGAGCUGGACAUGCUGCUGGCCAAGGGGCCUGCACCCCGCUGCUGA